ACGCUAACUGGUCCUGGGGCUCACACAAUCCUUCACCUCCUCCUAAGAGCUGUUCCUGUCCCUGCCGAUCUCCCAAGGAGACACUGCUUUGCAAAACCUACACAAUGUGCAACAAAUUUGUGGGAAGCUGGAAACUCAUCUCUAGCGAAAACUUUAAUGAUUACAUGAAAGAACUGGGGGUGGGUUUGGCCACCCGGAAACUUGGCAGCUUGGCCAAACCCAAAGUCAUCAUCAGCAUGAAAGGCGAUGAGGUCACAAUCAGAACGGAAAGCACUUUCAAAAAAACACAGAUCACUUUUAAGUUGGGCCAGGAAUUUCAAGAAACCACAGCAGAUGACAGGAAAACCAAGACUGUUGUAACCUUAGAAAAAGGUGCUCUGGUUCAAGUGCAGAAGUGGAAUGGCAAGGAAUCGACAAUAAGGAGGAAACUAGUUGAUGGGAAAAUGGUGGUGGAAUGCAUCAUGAAAGGCAUCACCUGCACAAGAGUUUAUGAGAAGAUGUGAGGAAUUUCCAUGUUCUUCAGAUCCACAUUAUUUUUACAGAGGAGGGUGGGGAGCAAAUCCAUCACACUCUUUUUCCUUCUUUCCUUUUACUGGGGAGCACCUAAGCUAUAAACAUAGAUUUUAAAAACCAUUGUGUAAGUAAGUGAUGUGAAAGUAUUUCUGACUCAAUAAAUACUCGCUACUGCAUGA